AUGGCUCCUCCAAUUUACGUCAAAGGCGGGGCAUGGACCAAUGCCGAAGAUCAAAUUCUUCGCGCUGCCGUUUCCAAAUAUGGCUUAACACAAUGGGCGCGUGUCUCGUCGCUUCUACCAAAGAAAACAGCCAAACAGGCUAAGGCAAGAUGGAACGAGUACCUCAACCCUACCAUUAAUCGCACAGAGUGGUCUCUGCAAGAUGAUGAGAAACUUCUUAAUCUUGCGAAGCUUCUUCCAAAUCAAUGGCGCAGUAUAGCUUCUGUCAUGGGUAGAACCGCUACACAUUGUCUAGAGAGAUAUCAAAAGCUACUAAGCGAUGCGCUGCAGGUGAAGGAUGAAGAGGAGGAAGGUGCCAUAGAUACGAGUCUUACUGGCCCCGGAAUCGAGGCCCUUCCGGCGUUGGGAAAUGCAUUUGAGAGUCUUCCUCUGAGACCCGACAUGGAGGACAUGGACGAAGAUGAGGCUGAGAUGUUGUCUGAAGCCAAGGCGAGACUUGCCAACACACAGGGAAAGAAGGCCAAGAGAAAAGAGCGCGAGCGUCUUUUGGAGGAGAGCAGACGUAUAGCAUUGCUUCAGAAACGUAGAGAACUCAAGGCUGCGGGCAUCAAUAUUAGCUUGAUUCUGAAAAACAAAAAACGAAGAAAAGAGUUUGAUUAUAAUGGCGACAUUCCGCACGAACGAAAACCGCCUCCUGGACUCUACGAUACAACCAUCGAGGAUUCACAGAAUACACUGGAUCAAACUAGCUUUCAGAAAAGUGUCAAAUUUAAGGGACUAGAAGAUUUGGAUAAGAAGCCUAAGGGAAAGGCAGAAGAUGACGAGAAGAGUGCUAAGAGAGCGAAAAAAAGUAUUGCAGAUGCUGCUGGGGCAGUCUCAGAAGUGGCAGAAUAUCAACUUUCGAAACGUCGUGGUCUCAUAUUGCCUGAGCCAGGGGCGCAUGAUACCGAGGAGGAAACGAAGAAAAGAAUAUUGCAAAAAACACAGGCUUUGGUUUCAAACAGUACCAAUCAAGAAGUACUAGAGCCUUCAAAGCAGCAUACCUCAGACUCCAGGAAGAAGUACUCAUCUUUUCUCAAGGAUCAUCUCGCCAAAAUUUCGGCCCCAAAGAAUACCAAUCCUCCUCUCAUGCCCCCAAUAAGCCUAAAAGAACCUGUUCUGACUGAUAGUGCAGUCUUGAGCUCUCUGGACAUUGCCGUUGACAAACAAACUAUUGUCGUUGAAAAGGGGUAUCCAAUUCCAAAACCGACACUUUUGAAUGUCUCAAAUGGCGAAUCGGAGAUCGAGAAGCAGAUCAAUGACCAAUUUAUUGGCCUUGUCACUUCAGACUAUAUCCAAUUUGUGAAUCCAAUCUUUCCAGGCAAAGUGAUUCCUGGCAUAUCUGAGAAAUCUUGGUUAGCCGUCGAAAAACAAAUCGAGGAAGAAUUAAAAGAACAAAAAAGUGUCAAGGAAUUCGACGCAAGGAUGAGUGAUCUCCCAAUUGGAGAGGAGAUGUACGAGAAGGUCGUCGAACAACUAGUACAACUAGACUCGAAAGCAACAGCAGCCGAGAAUGCCGUACAAUUUGGCAAAGAGUCAGAGAUUCCAGACAGUGAGUCAAUUGCGGCAGAUUUACAUGCGAAUUUUCUAGAAUUUGCGGGCCUAUGCGCAGAUGAACAGCUUCACAAACAAAUUUUGCAGGACGAAAAUGUGGCAGUUUCUGUGCGGUCAGCAAGACUCCAUGAGCUAGUAGAUGACAUACGUGCUGCUGAGCGCAGAGCCCAACUAGGUAUCUAA